UCAGGGGACAGUCUGCCGGUCCGGCGUCCCACUCUGCUUCGUUGCCAUGUUCUGACUUCGUCCCUUUCACAUCUGGACAAGAGAGAACAAAAAUUGAGAGCGAUAUUAAGGACAAAACGGAGAAGAAGCGGGUGGAGAGAGAGAGAGAGGAGAGCUGUCGAGCGAAGAUUGGGAGAGAGAUGGAGAGGGAGAUGAAGGACGCGGGCGAGGAACGUGAGAACGGAGGGGAAGUUGCGGAGGAGGAGGAGGAGGAAACGACGGGCUCGAGCCUAACAAUGGAGAGGGUGGCUGCCGCGAAGCAGUUUAUAGAAAAUCACUACAAGGCACACAUGAAGAACAUCCAGGAACGGAAGCAAAGAAGAUGGGUCCUUGAGAGGAAGUUAGCGGAUUCACAAGUUUCGCAGGAGGAACAAAUGAAAAUAAUCAAGGACCUAGAACGAAAGGAAACAGAGUACAUGCGACUAAAGAGACAUAAGAUAUGUGUUGAUGAUUUUGAUCUACUAAACAUCAUAGGAAGAGGAGCGUUUGGAGAGGUUAGGCUUUGCCGUGAGAAGUCCACAGGUAAUAUUUAUGCAAUGAAGAAGCUUAAGAAGUCUGAAAUGCUUAGCAGAGGGCAGGUUGAACAUGUUAGAGCUGAAAGAAAUCUACUUGCUGAAGUUGCAAGCCAUUGUAUUGUAAAAUUGUACUACUCAUUUCAAGAUGCUGAUUACCUGUACCUAAUCAUGGAGUAUCUUCCUGGAGGUGACAUGAUGACUCUGCUUAUAAGAGAGGAUACCUUGACUGAAAAUAUUGCUAGAUUCUACAUCGCCCAGAGUGUUUUGGCGAUAGAGUCCAUUCAUAAACAUAAUUACAUUCAUAGAGAUAUCAAACCGGACAAUCUUCUGUUAGAUAAAAAUGGGCACAUGAAACUCUCUGAUUUUGGCCUGUGCAAGCCAAUUGACUAUAGAACUCUUUCAACUUUGAAUGAAAAUGAACCUAUUAGAGAUGAAGACCUCAGGGAAUCGAUGGACAUUGACGGUGCCUUUCCAGACACAGCCACCGGUGGCAGAUGGAGAAGCCCCCAAGAACAGCUACAGCAUUGGCAGAUAAACAGGAGAAAAUUGGCCUUUUCUACUGUAGGCACUCCAGAUUACAUUGCCCCAGAGGUGUUACUAAAGAAGGGAUAUGGCAUGGAGUGUGACUGGUUUUCAUUGGGUGCUAUAAUGUAUGAGAUGCUGAUUGGUUAUCCACCUUUCUAUUCUGAUGAUCCAAUAACAACUUGUCGAAAGAUUGUACACUGGAAAAAUCAUUUGAAGUUUCCAGAAAAUGCAAAAAUUUCUCUUGAGGCGAAAGAUCUCAUCUCUAGACUACUCUGCGAUGUUGAACAUAGGCUUGGCAGUCGGGGAGCUGACCAAAUAAAGGCUCAUCCAUGGUUUAAAGGUGUAGAAUGGGAUAAGCUGUAUGAGAUGGAUGCUGCAUUUAAACCUGAGGUUAACAGCGAGCUUGACACUCAGAACUUUCUGAAGUUUGAUGAAUUGGAUCCUCCUCCAGCAAGGACGGGUUCCGGACCCUAUAGGAAGAUGUUACUAACUCCUAAAGAUAUAAGUUUUGUCGGAUAUACCUACAAAAAUUUUGAGGCUGUCAAAGGUGUACAUCAGUCUAAAGAUAUGAAGCGAAGAAGCGCAUCACCGAAACGACACUCGAUCGAUUCCAGCUUCGGUGAAUCAAAUAUGGAAACCAGAAGGUCAGCUGAAGAACCAACAGAGAGGAAGAUAAUUUCAUCAGGUGAUGCAAUGUCUCCUUAAAUCUACAUGGCAUUGGGAGUGAAUGACCUCCUUAUUUUAGUUAAGGUUAGCCCCAUGUCAAUAAAGCUGCCAUUUUGUAGAACAAUUAUAUAAUUAUUUAGGUGUACAGAGCAAUGUGUUUAAGGAUGAGCAGAGUUCUCUGGUCCUUGUAUAACUGAAUUUUAGUGUGGUGGUUAUUGUAAAACUAACUGCCCAGGUUGGCAUUGCAAUUAACUUGCCUUCUCUUGUGGCAGUUUAUGGCCGCAUUUUUGUGGGAUAAUGACAACAAGACUAUUAUAUGUUUAUUGUCAUUGUCAUUUAUCAAGGAAUUGUGUUUGGAAAAAUUAGGGGCAUUUGCAUGUAUAC